UGUCUCACAUGCCUGGUGUACCUCUCCUGUGCCAUCUAGAGAUUGCUUUAAGUUCUGCUUCCCGCGCGCGUGACGCGCUUGUCUGUGCCGCGCAUCAAACUCGUCGCUCAACAUUGAGCCGUGCGUAGUUCUCAGACGGGACUUCCAUAUCCUCAACGCGGAUUUCUUGUGAAAGCUGCGGCUCCGUGGCUCCAUGCGACCAUGCACUUGGAAUUAAACGCGGAAUAUUUGGCCGAACUCGUGAAUGCACCGGGAUAUUUUGCGGCUUAAUUCUGACAGUGAGGUCGAUUUUCAGUCCUGAGACUAAGCAGCUGAGUGCAUUGUGCGGUAAAGGAGAGAGAGAGAGAGAGAGAGAGAGGGAGAGAGAAAGAAAGAGAGAGAGGGAGAGAGAGAGCAGGAGAAGGACGUAGAUUUUUUUUCUCUCUUUUUUUGCUCCGUUUGUCGGUUUCGGGGGGAUGAAAUGGAUGAUGGUGCAGAAAGACAGAGUUUUAAAGGGCAUCGGUGCGAAUGAAGCUUAACGAAGCAGAAUGGACACGUUUCCACUUAUCAAGGUGAAAGAGUGACCCAAUGAAGUGGAGUAUAACCUUGUCAGUGUGCCAAAAUAGAAGUCACCUUGGCUCUCUCUUCCAAAAGCAGAAGGAGAGAAAGAAAAAGAGAGACAGAGGGAGAGAUAACGUGAAGCCUCUGAUUGUUUGUUCACAGCAGGGAGGCAGGGAGGUGAGACCCUGAGGUGUUAAGUUAAACAGCUUUGGCUUUAAGAAGCUAAAACAGACCUUGGGGAAGAAACCUACACAGUUUAGGCCUUUGUACAUGAUCUACCAUGGCCAAGGUGUUCUGCAGCCUCCUGCUUCUGGGAAGUACGGUGAUGACAGCCACUGCAUGCCCCAAGUACUGUGUAUGCCAGAACCUAUCUGAGUCUCUAGGCACCCUGUGUCCUUCUAAAGGCCUACUCUUUGUCCCACCUGACAUUGACCGUCGAACUGUCGAGCUGCGGCUGGGGGGGAACUACAUUAUCAGGAUUACACAGCAGGAUUUUGUCAACAUGACAAGUCUUGUGGACUUGACACUUUCCCGGAACACCAUAAGCUCCAUCCAGCCUUUCUCUUUUGUGGAUCUUGAGACUCUACGCUCACUCCAUCUGGAUAGCAACCGCCUAACCGAGCUUGGCCCUGAUGCUCUGAGAGGUCUGGUCAAUUUGCAGCACCUCAUUCUGAAUAACAACCAGCUAGGCCACAUUUCCAAAGAGUCCUUUGAUGACCUGCUGCUAACACUGGAAGAUUUGGACCUGUCCUACAACAACCUGCGGAGUGUACCCUGGGAGGCCAUUCGCAAGAUGCUCAGCUUGCACCAGCUCAGCCUUGACCACAACCUCAUCAGCUACAUUUCUGAGGGCACUUUCACAGACUUGGACAAGUUGGCCAGGCUCGACCUCACAUCAAAUCGGCUCCAGAAGCUUCCACCAGAUCCCAUAUUUGCACGGUCUCAGACCAAUGUGGUACUGAGUACACCAUAUGCUCCUGUGCUGUCUCUUAGUUUCAGUGGAAACCCGCUGCAUUGUAAUUGUGAGAUUUUGUGGUUGCGGCGACUCGAGCGUGAAGAUGACAUGGAGACUUGCGCAUCUCCUCCGAAUCUAAAGGGCCGGUACUUUUGGUAUGUGCGUGAGGAGGAGUUUGUCUGUGAGCCACCUUUGAUUACUCAGCAUACGCACAAACUUCUAGUGCUGGAAGGCCAGACGGCCAGCCUACGCUGCAAGGCGGUGGGUGACCCCAUGCCUUACAUACACUGGGUGGCUCCUGAUGACCGACUUAUCAGUAACUCAUCCCGAGUUACUAUUUACGAAAACGGCACCCUGGAUAUCAUGGUCACCACCUCCAAGGAUUAUGGCACUUUCACUUGCAUUGCCUCCAAUGCUGCAGGAGAAUCCACAGCCUCAAUUGAACUCUCCAUCAUUCAACUGCCUCAUCUGAGCAAUGGCACAAACCGUACCUCACAGCCCAAGUCCCGGCUAUCUGAUAUCACCAGCUCCACAAAAAUCAGCAAAGGGGAGACCAAACCCCAGCCAGAACAGGUGGUAUCUGUGUCAGAGGUCACAUCUGUCUCUGCUCUGGUCAAGUGGACAGUGAGCAAAACAGCUCCCAAGGUGAAAAUGUACCAGCUCCAGUACAACUGCUCAGAUGAUGAGGUCCUGAUUUACAGGAUGAUACCGUUUUCCAGCAGAGCCUUUGUGGUCAACAACCUGAUGCCCGGGAUGCAGUACGACCUGUGCGUGCUCGCCAUCUGGGACGACACCGCCACCACCCUCACCGCCACCAACAUAGUGGGCUGCGUUCAGUUUGUGACUCGUGAUGACUACCCUCGCUGCCAGUCUCUUCACAGGCAGUUCCUCGGGGGAACUAUGAUCUUGGUGAUCGGCGGCGUGAUCGUCGCGACUCUCCUGGUCUUCAUUGUCAUCCUCAUGGUGCGCUACAAAGUGAGUAGCUCUUCCCAAGUCGCCAAGCUUGUUUCAGUGAGCAACACUUACUCUCAAACCAAUGGGGGAAUGCAGGCAGCACAGUUGGUUGGUGGGGCUCCUCCACCUCCAGCCCCCAAAGCCGUAGUUGUGAUGCAUGAUGAGGUUGUAGAGUUUAAGUGUGGCUCUUUGCAAAGCAGCCUCUCUUCCACUUCCUCAACAGACUCGAUUGGCAGUGAGAAGGUGGGACGUUAUGACCCGUGUGCCGAGUCCAGCACUGGACCUCACAGAUGGAAGCGAGCUCCAGCUAAAACAAGGGCAAAUCUAGACCACCUGCUUGGAGCUUUUGCUUCUCUGGACAUAAAAGCUCCAGCCAGGGAUCCAGGUAACCGUUCCUCCACAGGGGCCCUCAUGGCAGCCAUGGACAUUCUUUCAGACAAGGAGCCACUGCUGGGCCGCGGGGACUCCAGGCUGGGCCGCUUGCUCAAGCUGCCGCUGGAGAGCAAGCCCAAGCGCAGUCACUCCUUUGACAUGGGUGAUGUUGGUGCUUCGCAGUGCCUUAGCUACCCACAGCGUAUCAGCAACAUCUGGACUAAAAGGAGCCUGUCAGUGAAUGGCAUGCUGCUGCAGUGCGACGAGAGCGAGGGCGAAGGAGAUAAAGGGGCACUUGACAGCUCUGAAUGGGUCAUGGAGAGUACAGUCUGAUUAAUGGCCAAGACUUCUGACUUGUCUUUUGUCAGAAAAGGCCAGCUUUUUGGCGUCAAUCCUGUUUGGAUAAAAGCAAAUGGGCUGACUUUUCAAGGAAGAAGGACUCCUGGGACCAAAUUGAAAGGAUAUGUACUGCAUGAAUUCCCAUGUUAAUGAUUUUGUCCUUCUGUCCAUUUGAUCAAAAUACAAACUGCAGGUCGACAUUGUGAGCAUAUGAAUGAGGGAAGUGGUAACAGCACGUGCUGGCCCUCAUCACUACAGCCUGAACCUGAGGCUCUCACUGACUGCCUUCGCAAUUUGAGAACAGAUGUGGAUUUUUAUCCAAUCAUGAAUGAUGUAUGAGAAUCUCAGAGAAGAAAAAAAAAAAAGACUGUUUUUUUUUUUCCUUUCUCAAACUAAGUGUAUGUGCACAAAUGACAUAAAAGACUAAAUGCACACAUUUGAUGAGAAUACAUUUGUAUGAAAAAAAAAGAUGUGAAAAAAUAAAAUGUGAAUGUAAUAAAAUACAGUAUUUUUUGUCAAAUCUUUUUUUUUGUUUGUUUUUGCGUUUUUUUCUUCAUUUCUGUUUCUUUUUUUCACUCAUAUAUCCAGUGAUUGGCUGACUUAUUGCUCUAUAGGUUAGUAUUCCUGUAUAUUGGCCAUAUACAGUUUAAAAAGUCAAAUGAAUAUUAAAAUGCUGUGUUUUGCGAUCAGCUGACUGAUCUAUGUCAUCAUAGGAAUGGGAAAAUGUGAAAGGGUUACAACAUUAUGAAGCAAACAUUAACUAAGUCUCUUUUUUUUCUACUAAUCUUCAAAUGGAUUACUGGAAAUUAAAAGAUUGGUUUAUUUGUUUAUGUAUUUUUUAUUAUUUGGAAAACAUUUAUUUUUAUAUGUGCAUAGAGUUAUUGGUUUAUUGCCUUACCAUCACCAAUGAUUAUUUCAGAUUAUUUAAAUGAAAUAAGAAAACAAUUAAUCACACAUACCUCCAUUUCAGUUACGUUUUCAUGCCAUAUUUUUUCUUACUGCUUUUGUGUGAUACGUUUUUCUUGUCACCGCUUUUGGUAUAUGAUUAUUUCGACUCAUUUUUGUACAACAAUGUUUGAAAGCAAGGUGUACAGUGAUACUUUUUAUUUUCAUGGUCAGCGUCAGUACGAAGGUGCGUCAAUGUGUGUAUGUGACAUUACAUAGACAGAUUUUUCCCUUGGCUUGUAAAAAUGAAGAAAAAAGAAGAGUCUUCUGUGAAAUAUUUCUGUGAUUAAAAAGCUUUUGUUACAAAAAAAAAAAUAUAUAUACAUAAACAUGAGUUCAUAAAGUCAUGAUUGCACUUUA